AUGUCUUCGCAGCCAGAACACUCUACCCUGCUCAUCCCGGGCCCCAUUGAGUUUGACGAUGCCGUGCUGCAGUCUAUGAGUCACUUCAGCGAGAGCCACGUCGGCCCUGGCUUUGUCUCUACAUUUGGUGACACCUUGUCCAUGUUGCGCAAGCUCUUCCAGACAACGGACCCUUCGUCACAGCCUUUUGUCAUCUCGGGCUCUGGGACAUUGGGCUGGGACCUGGUCGCUGCCAACCUAGUUGAGCCCGGCGAGAAUGUGCUGGUCCUGACCACCGGCUACUUUGGCGACAGCUUCGCCGACUGCUUCAAGGUCUAUGGCGCGAACGUCGACCAGUUGAAGCCCACGGUCGGCUCAAGGCCGCAAUUGCCUGAGAUAGAGGAAGCGCUGAAGGCCAAGAAGUACAAGGUCAUCUCUGUCACCCAUGUUGACACCUCGACCGGAGUUCUGAGCACGCUGCCGGAGCUUUCGGAGCUUGUCCAGAGAGUAUCCCCCGAGACCUUGUUGAUUGUCGACGGUGUCUGCUCUGUCGCCGGCGAGGAGAUCGACUUUGACAAGUGGAAGCUCGACGGAGUGAUUACCGCCAGCCAAAAGGCCAUUGGCUGCCCGGCCGGGCUGUCCAUUUCCAUGUUCAGUGGGCGGGCUAUUAAGGUGUUUGAGGAGCGCAAGGCGCCAAUUGGUGCCUAUUUUGCGUCUAUGAAGAACUGGACCCCUAUUAUGAGGAAUUAUGAGGCUAAGAAGCCCUCUUAUUUCGCCACACCCUCCCCACAGUUGAUCCACGCCCUUAACACGGCACUCAACCAGAUCCUGUCUGCCGGACCUCUGUCAGCGCGCUUUGCAAAGCACGCCGAGGUUUCCGACAAGAUCAAGAAGGCCGUCGAGGCCCUGGGUCUGAAGCAGGUUGCGUCCAAGCCUGAGGAUCGAUCUCACUGCAUGACCGCCAUUUACUUGCCAGACAACGUCAAGGCUGCAGAAAUCCUGCCUGCGCUGGCCAAGCGAAAUGUUGUGUUUGCCGGAGGCAUUCACAAGGAGAUCGCGCCCAAGUACAUCCGUUUCGGGCACAUGGGCGUCUCCGUAACUGAUGAAAAGCGAGGCGAUAUCGACCGUGCUAUCAAGGCGUUGGAAGAUGGCCUGACCGAGUGUGGAUAUCAGAAGGCAUGA